CGUCAAUGGAAACAAAGAUGUCGUCCGUAUGGCAGGAAUCGCAGGUGUAAACAAGCCGAGAAAAGUUUAUCUAAAAAGGUCAUUCUAAUGGAUUUGCAAAUAAAUAUUCGACAAAUGGUCGGCACCAAAUGGCUUUUUUCGAACGGGAAAUUAGCAGAAAGGUUUUGCUAGACGACACCGAACCGAUCACUUGCCGUAUCGAGAAUUGGCAUAACGUUAAUGGCCACACUGAAUUUGUAAUAAGGGUACACAGAGGCCCAUUCUCAGAUCAAACCUGGAAGGUUCACAAAAGGUACAAUGACUUCCUCAAGCUCCACCAGUGCCUACAAGAGUCCAAAAUCCCAUUGGAACUGCCUCCAAAGAAGCUCAUUGGCAAUUUGGACCCUAAGUUUAUUUGUGAAAGACAACAAGCUUUGCAGAAAUAUUUAGACAGCAUACUGAUGAAUCCAAUACUAGUGUCUUCCUUGCCUGCCAGGUCUUUUGUAGAUCCUGCUAACUAUUGUCAGCCUUUUAGUGAAAUUGCCCUUCAGCAUGUUUCUUUGGCAUUAAGGGGAGAGGGAUGGGAAGUUGUGGAGCCCCUUGUAGAAAUCGGAUGGAGACUCCGUAAGCAUUUUUAUGUGAUCAAGGGCAAAUCGAGACCCAAGGAUGAACUGAUUGGCAGCUGGACUGACUAUGGACCCGAUAAAUAUCUGGAUGACAAGGAUAUGCAUUCAGUUUUUAAGGGUUUACAUCAGAUAAAGCAUCCUUAUAUAGCAAAAAUUGACUUCUGUCUUUGUACAGACACAGGGGGGCUAGUUGUAAGGGAAACAAGCAAAAAUGGCUCCCUAAGGGACCUUUUAUGUGGCUCCAAGCCUAAGCUGUCAUUUCUGAAAAAAUAUGGAAACCCUAAGGGGCACAAACAACUUAGUAUGGAAGAAAUUGCCACAUAUGGCAGGCAAAUAUUGGAAGCCUUAAAGUUUUUACAUGAUAAAGGCUUUCCUUAUGGACAUCUGCACAGUGGCAACAUUCUCAUCGAAAAUGAUAAAAUCAAAUUGAUCGAUAUCGAAAAUGGUGUAUUGGGAGUUCCAUCUUACUACAGGCCCUAUUUUAUGCAACACAAGAAGAUUUGCACCUUGGAAGCUAUCGAUGUCUACUGUUUCGGUCAUGUGUUGUAUGAGAUGGCCAUUGGAUCUCCUUUGCAUGAAAGCUAUAUGGCAGAGGACAUUGGUGAAUGUUCUGGACAAAUAAAACAAAUACUCGAAUCGAUUCUAUCGCACGACGCAUGCAAAAACGGUCUUCCCACAAUAUCCCGCUUACUGGACGAUCCGUUUUUCUCACGCGUACGCCUGGUUCUAACGGAUAAGGACAGCGCCCACUUUAAAAUACCGACUUCGGUAAGAGAACAUUUGAAAACCGUUGCGCAAAAAAUGGAGGAUCGACUAAAGGGCGAGCAGAAAGUGGUGCGGAGCCAGAAACGUCUCACCAAAGUCCAGGAGAUGAUGAGCUGCGAAGAAGAACGCAAGAAGCAGCGGAAUCGCAUGAAGGAGCGUCACCUCAAAGAGCAGAAGAGCAAAGAUGGCGCCGGCGGUAGGAAAAACGGACAUUUGGAGAGGUGCGAUAGCGUUACGAGCAGCGCGGCUACCUCGGUCGGUACCGCUACACCGCCCUCUGCUACAGGUUCAUCUGUACCAUCUCCGCCGCCGCCACCGCCUCCACCACCACCACCGAUAAUAUCGAACGGAACCCCAUCAGGUCCCGUUUCAGUCGCGGCUACCAAAGACAGAUCGGCCCUCCUCGGUGCCAUCACUAGCUUUAAUAAAUCGGCCUUAAAACGUGUCGAGAAUAAAAAUAAUUAAUACGUAAGCCGAUAGACAAAUAGAUAGAUAUUGUAGUCGGUUGGUUGUGCAAUAUUAUCCAGUAUUUUCGAGGCCUAUAACGUUCAUGUUUAGAUGUAAAUACCAUUAUAAUAAAUGUAACUUUCUACCUUUGGGGCCACCUUUAUAGAUGAUACUUCUUAGUGUCAUGACUUCUAGUGCCAAGUAGCGUAGCGCUUCUAAAGGUGUAUAUAAUAUAUAUUCUAUAAUAAUCUCUUGAAAAGUAUAUUUUUCUCAAAAUAAAAACUAUUUUAUCGAAAAAAAAAGCUAGUCAUGUAUUUUAACGUUUCUGUAUAAGUUUUCUUUUUUGGCUGUAUAAAUGUAGGCUUACCGAGUGUCCAACUGAAAACUUCUACAAUUUAUACUGUUGGUCGUCCACUCGGUAUGUAGGUGACGUUAAAUUUGUGUCCAUGUAAUAGACUUUUAAUAUAUUUAAACAUUUUAUUCCAUUUGUUUCUAUGUUAGUGUAAUAUGACAAUGAUAAUAUAAUAAUAUAACGAAGUAAA